UUUACAAAAGUUUGAAUUUCGAACGUACCGUCUAUAAUCUAUAGUUCAUAGUUGAUACUAUAACAAGUACCAAUUUAAAGAUCCGUUUUUCAUUAUUAUUAGUUUUAUUUAGCUGGAUUUUGGUCGAAAUGAAGUUUUUAGUGGCGAUUUGUUGCGUUUUAUCGGUGACAGCGGUGCACUCUGCCCCCACACACGGAUUUAUAACCCCGGUGAUCUUGCCCAAAGUGCACGUAGCGUCUCCAGACGUGACAGUCGUCAGACAACCAUACGUCGUUCAACAAACCGAGCCCGUGUUCAGACACGUGUACUACCCCGCUGAACCGGUGUCGUACGUGCACUCGCAUCAUGUGCAAACCUACCAACAUCAACACCCCGUCGUAGCGACUUACCAGACGGCACCGUACGCGCCAGCCGUCAGCUACAUCGUUUGAGCUUUGGCAUUCGCAAGUCGUCAUCAUGAAAUCCAUCAUCAUCAUAUUAUAUGUUACGUAGGCAUUAUAGUAAGCUGCAUAUUCACGUACCGGCAACAUACAAUAUGACACGUAUACCUACUGAUGACGAGUACGACGAAAAUAAUAUUAAUUAUAUACGUAUCUUAUAAAAAUUAUAUUAUUAUAUUGUGUUGACAUAGCGGCGCAUAGUACCUAUAUAUUAUGAUAUUUAUUAUGUAUUUAUGAUAUUAUGUACCGUACGCGUUAUGUACGCGAAUAAUAAAAUGCU